GAUUUUCAAUCGGAUCCGCCACAAAAUUCAGAACCACUCUCCGUACGGAUAAGGAUGGUGAACGGCGAUGUCCUUGAAUUCUCGGCACUCGCUUACGACACCGUGCGAAGAUUGAAGCAGAAGGUCGCAGAUCAGAUCAAAAUCCCUGCACACCAGCAGCGCUUGCUCCUGAAUACACAGAUCCUCAGGGACCAGCUUUUGCUGCGGGAUGCCUAUGGUCUCAAAAAAGGCUCGUCCCCGGAGUUGCCAGAGCUGACGCUGGUCUUCGGGCCUCCCAUCCCUUCGUGGGGUGUGGAACAAGGCUUUGAUGACGACUUCGCAGGCUUCUUGCGGGAGCAUUUUGCCAAGCAUUCAGAGGAGGAACAGCCCCCUUGGAUGGACCACGAUGUGGAGAUCUGGGAAAGAUUUCGGAUGGCCGAAGAAGAAAACUUGUUCCGUUUCUCCGUGCGAGGCGUCAACAAUCAUUUUGUACAGCUCUGGCAGCACGGACAGAUCUGUGGGAUGAUCCGAGCCCGACCGGGCGAAGUCAUCGAACUGCAGGCCGUGGGCUGGAUCCACAACUGCAGUGAGAAUGUGAAUCAUCAGCUCCUUCUGGCCGUCGACACCUGGGUGGUGGCGGAACUCUACAAUGGCAUACCCAAUUGGAAGGAGAACUUUGUCACCAACAUCAGCUUCCCCGCACCCAAGGCAGAUGGUGUUUACAUGCUUUGGCGAAGUGGAGAUGUACAGCACACGAUGGAAGACGCCAAAAGGAGCUUUGAAGCGCGAAACACUCGAGUAGAUCCAGAAUUGUUUCCAGACAAGUUCGUGGGUUGGCUGGCAGUGACAAGUGCCCCUAUCACCGACUGA